AUGAAAGGUCGCCGGAAAGAGCUGAAGUACUCGUUUCAAACCGCUGAUCGUCUCUGCUUUGUGAUGGAAUUCGCAAUUGGCGGCGAUCUGUACUACCACCUGAACAGAGAAGUGCAAAUCUCAAAGGAAGGCUUCUCAGAGCCUCGAGCUCGCUUUUACGGAGCUGAGAUUGUUCUGGCACUUGGCUACCUUCAUGCCAACAACAUCGUCUAUCGUGAUCUCAAGGUCUGCUAA